AUGCAACAGGAUCAGCACUUACAGAAAAUUAUCAAAUGGCUCGCCCCGCCAGACGUAUCGACAAAUGACAACAAAGCCUUGGAGCAGCGUUAUGGAAACACAGGCCAGUGGUUCCUGAGGAGCGAAGAAUAUUCGCAAUGGAAAGCGACGUCAAAAUAUUCUCUUUGGCUUCACGGCAUUCCCGGUUGUGGCAAAACAAUUCUCAGUUCGAUUAUUAUCGACGAUCUGCGCCACGCCAGGUCGUACUCCGACAAUCUCCUCUAUUUCUACUUUGACUUUAGCGAUACCAGCAAACAAUCACUCGAAAAUGCCAUUCGGUCGCUUGUGUACCAGUUGUACCAAAAGAACCCGAGCACUUACCAGGGGUACUUGCAUUCGCUCUACUCCUCUUGCGAAAACGGGUCGCGAAUGCCUACCAUUAAUUUGCUACAUGAAACCCUGGAAGAAAUGGCUCAGCAGAUUGGCGAACUCUGGAUUGUACUGGACGCGCUCGACGAAUGCCAGACAAGAAAGGGUGCAAAGAACGAAGGGUUGCUGUCUUGGAUGAAGGGCUUGUUAAAAGUCUCACGAGCAAACAUUCACUUUCUAUUCACGAGUCGUCCAGAAAGAGACAUCAAAUCAGCUUUAAAUGAAUUUGUCGACCGUCAAAUCCCCAUACAAAGCGAGUUGGUUGCAAAAGACAUAUGCGCGUAUGUUCAUGGAAGGGUCAGACAUUACGAAGGACUGAAACGAUGGCGAAAACGAGAAGAUAUUCAACAAGAAAUUGAAAAUAAUCUGGUACAAAAGGCCAAUGGAAUGUUUCGAUGGGUUUCGUGCCCACUGGACUCUUUGGAAAAAUGUCCUGAUCCCAUUAGUCUUCGAGAGGCGCUCAAAAAGCUACCAAGAACGCUGGACGAAACAUACGCACGCAUUUUGAGCAAAAUCCCGCCAGACUACGAGCGCAAUGCGACAAGGCUCCUGCAAUUCCUCACAUUUUCCGAGCGACCGUUACAGGUCGAAGAAGCUGUCGAUAUAAAUGCCGUCAAUUUGAAAGAAAAGCCAAGGUUUAACGCCGAUUACAGAAUGCCCGAGCCAGACGAGAUUUCUAUAUAUUGUUCAAGCUUAGUAGUUGUGAUGAGCAAAACCGACGAAGAUGGAAACAUAAAGAGAGAAUUACAACUUGCCCAUUUCUCAGUGAAGGAGUACCUUAUAUCGGAUCGACUGGAAAGCAACAUGUCGCUACAUUUCGAAGAGAGACUUGCUAGGCAAUGCAUGGCGGAAAUCUGCCUGGCAUAUUUGCUUGACUUGAGCCACGACCCUACAGUGGUAAAGCUACAAAAAGACUGGCCCCUAGCAGAGUACGCUGCACAAUAUUGGAUGGGCCACGCUGCUCAACCUGGACCAAACGCCAAUGGACUUAGGAAUCUUGUUUGGAAGUUCGUUCAGAGUGAAAGAUCUCAUCAAAUUUGCUUUGGCCUUUACAAUCCCGACAAACCAUGGCAUAAAGCAGACCUCAACAGCUCUGAAGGGGUUGAAGCUCCAUUACUCUAUUAUAUGGCUUUGGGAAAUGUUCUUUGCGCUGUGGAAAAGAUCCUGAAUGACGGGGCGGACGUCAAUGCUCAGGGCGGUUUUUACGGCAACGCUCUCCAAAUCGCUUCAUUAGGAGGCCAUAAAGAAAUUGUGCAGAUUUUGGUCGAUAAUGGUGCGAACAUUAAUGCUUAG